AUGAAUGAUCUCAAAGGCCUUGUCGCAAUCGUGACAGGCUGUUCUUCAGGAAUCGGCCUGGCAAGCUCACAACAUUUUACCGAACUGGGAGCUUCGGUCUUUGGCGUUGACCUCAACCAGCCCCCGGAGGCUCUUGCAGCGCAGACCAAUUUUGCUUUUGGCUCUUUCGACCUCCUCGAGCCGUCGGCACCUCAGGAUAUCGUCGAAGCGUGCGUCAAGAGGUUUGGCCGAGUCGACAUCUUGCUCAACAUUGCCGGUGCUCGAGACAAUUUUGCAGGGCUGGAGAAGGUGGAUCCCGAGACCUGGAACCGUGUCAUGACAGUCAACGUGACGGUGCCUGCAUUGCUGUCCAAAUAUGCCGUGGCUGAGUUCAAGAAGCAAAAGAGUCCGGGGAGUAUUGUCAAUGUGUCGAGCAAGGCUGGCUUGAGCGGCGCCAUAGCGGGAACAGCAUAUACUGCUAGCAAACAUGCAAUUAUCGGUCUGACCAAGAACGUCGCAUGGCGCUAUCGCAACGAUGGCAUCAGAUGCAAUGCCAUCUGUCCGGGCGGCUUUCUCACGGGUGGUACUCAGGCGAUUGAUCCGGAAAAGAUUGAUGCAGAGUCGAUGGAGCACUGGAGGCCUGUCCAUUUACUUCAUGCAAGUCCUACAGGUCCCGCGGACCCGAUCAAAGCUGCACGGCUUCUUGCGUUUUUGGCUUCACCACAGUCCGCACAAGUCAAUGGCGCCAUCGGAGUUUUUCUACGACAUCUACUUCCAUCAAAUCUUACACCUAAAAAUCACGAGGCGUUCACCAAGACAUACCAGUACUACCGCCAGCUUCUCAACUCGCUCUCUACCCGGACAAUGGCGCUUGUCACCUUGUUGAAUUCUCCGCAAGCUGUGCUCGCCGUUGGAGGAGCUUUGUUGCUUUUGCCUCUCGUUUACUACGCCAGUCUGGCCAUCUACAAUAUCUACUUUCAUCCUUUGGCACAUUACCCUGGGCCGAUACUUGCCCGUGUCAGCCAUUUGUGGCGUCUGAAAGGAUACUUGUAUGGGACCGAAGCUCACGACAUCUUGGAGGCCCAUAACAAAUAUGGCGGUGUCGUUCGCCUUGCACCGGACGAGUUAUCCUACGUGAGCCCAAUUGCAUGGAAGCAAAUCUACGGUCACAAGACGGCGGGUCAGCCAGAAUGUCCAAAGGAUCCCGGGCACCACGCGGAUCUCAAGAUUCAGACCAUCCUCAAUGCUGAUCAGGAAUAUCACGGUGUCCUUCGCAGGCUGCUUGCACACAGCUUCUCGGAUAAGGCAUUGAGGGAGCAAGAAUCAGUCCUGCUCGAGUAUGCCGAUAUCAUGGUCCGGAGAAUUGGGGAAGAAGGGCAGAAUGGAGCACGAGCUGUUGAUAUAGUGGAAUGGUAUAACUUCUUCACCUUUGACGUUAUUGGCUAUCUGAGUGAGCACUUAUCCAGACAGGAUAUGGUUUCUAAUCCCAUUGUACUAACCGUUGAGGUCUUUCUGCCGUUUAUAGCCUACGGUGAAACGUUCGGCUGUUUGUCCAGCUCCGAGCUACAUCCAUGGAUUGAUCUCAUGUUUGUCAUGGUCAAACAAAAGGCCUUCUACCAAUGCCUUCAUCGUCUACCAACCCUUUUCCGACCGGCAUUCAACCACUUCUUUCGCCCCGCCGGGCGUCAAACUACGACGACUGUACCAAAGGGCUUAGCCAGGGACAAGAUUCAAAAUCGAAUACACCAUGAGACCAAGACUCUGGACCUGGUUUUCAAGCUGAUCGAGGCAUACAAAGACGGCAAAAUGACGUUUGAACAGCUCGAGAGCAAUACUAUGGUUCUUAUCGUGGGAGGAGCCGAGACCACAGCGACAUUAUUAUCUGGUGCGACGUACUAUCUCCUCACAAACCCGGCCUCCCUGGCGAGAUUGACAAAGGAAGUGCGCACAACCUUUGCCAGCCCGGCGGACAUCAACUUGACCUCGGUGAACGGGUGUCCGUAUCUGCUCGCCUGCCUCGAGGAGGCUCUUCGCGUCUACCCACCAUCCCCGCAGACACAUACUCGCAAAGCCCCGCGCGGAGGGGUCGAGAUCGACGGCCAGUUCGUGCCGGAAAACACGACGAUCGGUGUCCCCAUCUACGCCGCCUGCCACAGCCCCUUGAAUUUCGGGGCCCCGGACAAGUUCAUCCCGGAGAGAUGGCUGGGGAACGAGUCGUCGUCGGCCUCCUUUGCGAGAGAUCGGAAAGAUGCCGCCCAGGUCUUCUCGGUCGGACCUCGUGCGUGCAUCGGGCGCAAUCUGGCACUUUUGGAAAUGCGACUCGUCAUGGCCAAGCUGUUGUGGCAUUACGAUUUGAAGGAUUGUUCCAGUGGCAAUGGCAAUGGCAGCAACGUGUGGGCAGACCAAAGGAUGUACAUGCUCUGGGAUAAGCCACCUCGUAUGAUCAAGUUGGUCAAACGAGACUCGGCAUAG